AUGGGCAACAAAUCGUCAUUACUACUGCGCGAAGAAGAAAUAGCACAAAUUCAAGAAGAAACCGGAUUUACACCGAACCAAAUAGAGAGACUAUACUCCCGCUUCACAGCCCUAGACAAAAAUGACUGUGGCACCCUUGCCAGAGAGGACUUCCUGAGAAUUCCAGAGCUUGCUAUCAACCCUCUUAGUGAGAGAAUCGUUCACUCAUUCUUUGCUGAGAGUCAUGAUGACAGAGUGAACUUCCUGCAGUUUAUGAGAGUGUUGGCACACUUUAGACCUAUCAGGAAAAAUAGGGAGAAUAAGCUCAAUAGUAGGGAAGAGAAAUUACGGUUUGCCUUUUCAAUGUACGACCUGGACAAUGAUGGCAAGAUAUCAAGGGAUGAACUAUUGGCAAUAUUGCACAUGAUGGUUGGCGCUAACAUUAGCGAAGAACAGCUGACGAGUAUUGCUGAACGCACGAUUCUAGAAGCGGACACCAACAACGACCAGAUGAUUUGUUUUGAGGAGUUCUGCACGGCGCUGGACAGGACAGAUGUUGAACAGAAGAUGUCUAUUAGAUUCCUCAACUGA